AUGACGGAGUUGUCUGAAGCUCGCAAAGCCCAGCUGGGGACCAUCGAGGCUUAUUUCCUGCCGCGGUCAGAGGCGGAAGUGAAACGCAGUGUUGAUAAAUGGAUGAAGCGACUGCACUCACGCGGGCACACCUUCUUCGAGAAGAAGGUGCGGUCCAUCCUGGAGACCGUUGCCAAGAAUACAGACAAGACAGAGGACCCUGUACUCCAGCAAGCGUGUUGCCUUUGGCAUGGCGAUAGCAAGGCGGCCAAAGACACCAAGCACGCCGCCAUUCAGCUGACCCGGCCAGGAGAUGAAAAAGGACAAGUAACAUAUGCAUCCAGGGUCAUGGUCUUCCUCUUUGCCACUGAUGAGCAGCUGGCAAGGUGGAUGCGACUGCCGAAACAGCCGCUUAAGAUGCGCUGCGGUAACCAGCGCUGUGUGUCCCUUGCCUGUAUUGCAGAGGAGUGCGAUCUGACAUGA